AUGAAAUUAAUUCUGUCACUUGGGUUAAUAUUUAGCUUUUUGGCGAAGAAUUCCCUAGGGCUAUCGCCGGUUAUUCUUAUACCUGGUGAUGGAGGAAGUCAACUUGAAGCAAAGCUGAACAAAACUAGUGUGGUGCAUUAUAUAUGCGCCAAAACCUCUAGUGAUUUCUUUAACAUUUGGUUAAAUUUGGAGCUUUUGGUGCCAUUUGUGAUUGAUUGCUGGGUUGAUAACACAAGACUGGAGUAUGACAAUGUUACUAGAACCACUAGAAAUACCAAUGGUGUUGAAAUAAGGGUUGCAGGAUGGGGAAACCCAGAGACGGUAGAGUGGCUAGACCCAUCACGAGAUAGUGAAGGAGCAUAUUUUAAUACAAUAGGUGAUGCUCUUGUCAAAAUGGGAUAUGUAAGAAAUGUAUCAUUAAGAGGGGCUCCUUAUGAUUUUAGGAAAGCACCAAAUGAAAAUGGCGAGUUCUUUGUCAAAUUAAAAAUGCUAGUGGAAGAGACAUAUAUAAAAAAUAACAAGAGCGCAGUGACAUUACUUGUGCAUAGCAUGGGCGGGUCUAUGGCGCUGCAUUUCCUACGUCUGCAAAGCCAAGACUGGAAGGACCAAUACAUCAGGAGGAUGAUCUCGUUGUCCACGCCUUGGGGUGGUGCUGUGAAAGCACUGAAAGUGUUUGCAGUAGGCGACGACUUAGGCUCGAUGAUACUCCGCGAAAGCACGAUGCGUACGGAGCAGAUCACGUGUCCAUCGCUGGCGUGGCUGCUGCCCUCGCCGCUGUUCUGGAAGCCCACCGACGUGCUCGUUCAGACCGACAAGUUUAACUACACCAUCGAGCACUUCGAGAAACUUUUCACCGACAUGGACCUCCCGAAUGCAUGGGAGAUGCGCAAGGAUACGGAGAAGUACACGCGAGACUUCAGCGCGCCCGGCGUCGAGGUGCACUGCCUGUAUGGGUACAACAUCUCCACUGUCGAACGGCUGGUAUACAAGCCGGGUACUUGGCUCGACGGCUACCCAGUACUGGAGAGUGGCGACGGCGACGGAACUGUGAACUUACGCUCGCUGAGCGCAACACCUCAAGAUACUACACGACCAGCGAGUGAUCGACUACGUGCAGACUGUACUGAAAAACUGAAGAUUUCCUCUUCGUAA